UACGGCAUCAUGUCUUUAUAUACAAUACAUGUAGCUAGACUAGUCUAGUGCGAAUCUGGCCAUCCGCUCACAGAAUGGCAGUGAGCGGCAUGAGCAGGGAGGAGCGCUGGAGCCUGGCCGGCAAGACGGCGCUCGUCACCGGCGGAACCAAGGGGAUCGGGCGCGCGAUCGUGGAGGAGCUCGCCGGGUUCGGCGUCCGCGUGCACACCUGUUCCCGGAGCGACGCCGACGUGCAGGAGCGGGUGCGAGGGUGGGACGCCGACGUCGACGCCGGACGCCUGCGCGGGCGCGUCACAGCGUCCACCUGCGACGUCUCCGUGCGCGCCGACAGGGAGGCGCUCUGGGCCGCGGCCCGCGCCGAGCUCGGAGGGAGGCUGGACAUCCUCGUCAACAACGCCGGACAGACCUUCUUCAGUGCAGUGGCAGGGACCAAGGAGGAGGACUACGCCCGCCUCAUGGCCACCAACCUCGAGUCCUGCUUCCACCUCGCCCAGCUCGCGCACCCGCUCCUCCUUGUCCCGAGCGGCGGAGGCGUGGUGGUGAACGUCUCCUCCAUCGGCGGGAUUCUCGGCUACCCGCAGCUGUCCGUGUACUCGGCGACCAAGGCGGCCGUGAACCAGCUCACCCGUAACCUCGCCGUCGAGUGGGCGCCCGACGGCAUCCGCGUCAACUGCGUCGCACCUGGAGGCGUCCGGUCGGACCUCCUCGACAGCAGCGGCAUCCAGCUUGACGCGGAGGCGGCGGCGAGCAUGUGGGAGGCGGAGAGUGCGCGCAUCCCUUUGGGUCGCUUAGGCGAGCCGGAGGAGGUGGCGUCCCUCGUCUCCUUCCUCUGCAUGCCGGCGGCGUCCUAUAUAACCGGGCAGGUCAUGUGCGCCGACGGUGGCCGCACCGUCGCCGCCUAAUUAUGAGACCUACCUGCGCUUACUUCGCUACGUCUUCUCUGUUGCUCUGUUUGUUUCCUACUUGACAUUCGGUCUCAGAAAUAUUUCGAUUCUAUCUUUAAAAAAAAAUUCGAUUCAGGUUUCACUGAUUUCAGAUUGUAUGUUGGUCAAGACUUUUAAUUUCGAA